AUGCAGAUUCUUCUCUCUGGUGCCCUUGUGGCCCUGGCUGGAGUAGCCCAAGCCCAAGUAGGAGGCUACGGCCAGUGUGGAGGAGAAGGUUAUUCUGGAAGCACAAGCUGCACCGCCGGCUAUGUCUGUGCUUCACAGAAUGCGUGGUACUAUCAGUGCAUUCCAGGCACAACAAGCAGCAGCAGCACAACCACAGCUGCCACAGUGACGACCACUUCCACCACCAAGGCAACAACUACGUCGACCUCCACCUCAACUACCAAAACAACGGCCCAGACUGCGACUACUACUGCCACUGGCACUGCUGCCGGAGGUGCGACGUGCACGGGAACAUUCAGUUCGAUUUCCGCCUCAACCUUCGUUUCCAACCUUCACCCGGGAUGGAAUCUGGGAAACACCCUCGAUGCUGUUCCGGAUGAGGGCUCUUGGAACAAUGCUGCUGUCGUGGCCUCGACAUUUGAUACUGUGAAGACUGCUGGCUUCAAGAGUGUUCGUAUCCCGGUGACAUGGGCGUAUCACUUUACAGGAAGCUCGCCUGACUGGACGGUGGAUGCAGCCUGGCUGCAGCGAGUCUCUGAUGUUGUGGACAUGGUCACUUCUCGCGGAUUGUACGCCAUUGUUGAUGUGCAUCACGAUUCGUGGAUUUGGGCUGAUGUCACUCAGUCCGGCGCCAAUCUCACCAUGAUCGAGGAGAAGUUCUACCGACUGUGGUAUCAAAUUGGAACCAAGUUGGCCUGCAAGUCCAACCUUGUCGCCUUCGAGUCUAUCAAUGAGCCCCCGUGCAAUACUGCAACCGAUGCGGCAGAGAUCAACAAGCUGAACAAGAUCUUCCUUCAGGCCAUCAAUGAUGCUGGUGGUUUUAACUCCCAGCGAGUCGUUAACCUCAACGGUGGUGGCCAGGAUAGUGUCAAGACUUCGCAGUGGUUUGAAGCUCCUACUGGAUUUUCGAACCCGUAUGCAAUCCAGUUCCAUUACUACAGUCCCUGUGAGUCUUCCAACACGUUUGAGAAAGUUUGCACAACUGACCGCCCCUUUUUCUUCUUUCUAGAUGACUUUAUUUUCAGUGCUUGGGGCAAGACCAUCUGGGGUUCGGACAGCGACAAAGCCACCGUAGAAACAGACUUCCAACUGCUCCGCAGCAACUUUACCAAUGUUCCUAUUAUCUUGGGAGAAUAUGAUGCAUCGCCCACCAACACCGAGCCCGCUGCCAGAUGGAAAUACGUCGACUUCCUGAUCAAGACAGCCCUCAGCCUGGAUAUUUCCUGCGUCCUGUGGGAUAAUGGACUGGAUCAUCUUAACCGUGAUACCAAGACCUGGAGAGAUACCAACUCGGUUUCCAUGAUCACCAAGUCUACUGAGUCUACUGCCAACAGUUUGCCUGAUAGCACGGAAGAUGGUUCUGCGACUACCCAAUCUUCUUCGGCCUAUAUCUUCCACCAAUACGGAACUGCCGUUGCCGCGUAUACCUUGCCCUUCAUCUUCAAUGGCAAUACGCUUUCGUCGAUUAGUGAUUCCACCGGGUCGACUUUAGUCUCUGGAACUGACUAUUCUGUUUCGGGUGCCAAUAUCGUCUUCACAGUAUCUUACCUGUCAAAGCAUCUCUCGGCUACAACAGCGCCAGGCGUCGUUGCUACCUUGACCCUGAAGUUCUCUGGUGGUGCUUCAUCACCUAUUGUACAGAUUGUUCAGUGGAAGACGCCCACCUUGUCCAGUACAUCGGCUGUGGCAUCUUCAGUCUCUGGAUCCGACCUCUCUAUUCCCAUCACCUGGGGUGGACUUCCUACUAUUGCGGCAGUGAAAGCUCUCACCAAGAGUGGAACAUACUUGGUUGAUGACUGGACUCAGUACCUUGGCCCUAUCCAGCAAUCCAGAAUUACCUACAGUGGCCAGUACAAUUGGGAUUCAACCAAUGUGAUUCUCACUUCGUCCAUUAUCAGCUCUGUCAUCUCUGCCGGCCAGUCGACUGUCUUCACAAUCGAAUUCUUCCCGCGGGAUAAUGGUGCUGUGAAUGCUGUCAACUUCACUUUGACCGUUUAG